UAGUGUUGUUGACCCACAUCCAUUGAACAGUUGACACUUAGCUUUAGAGACAGCCAGUAACUUCAUCAUGUUUCCUCUAUUUAUACUCAAAAUCUGAAUCAUCCACAGGAAAAUAACAACAAAGAGUAAUGGUUACUAUAAGGUCAUCUUCUUCUUCAACACCAAACACAUCUUUUGAUUUCAUGAUGAGCAAUAGUAGUAACACUCUCCAUGGUCCUUUCUCUUCCUCUUCUACUUCUUUCUCUUACUUGACAAGCAAGGAAGAUGCUCUCACGCAGAAGAACCUCGUAAGCGAUAUGAACACUGACACCAAUCCGGAAGAGCAUCAAGAUGUUGUAGGACUUAGCAAGAAAGCUUCUGGAGAUAUAGAGAUCGGUGUGUUUGGAGCUGAGAAGUACUUCAAUGGAGAUAUGGAUUCCGACCACAGUUCUUCACUUGUGUCUCCUUCAAUCGAGAGAAUCUUCAAGCAGACCUCGAAGACUUCCUCUGAAACUCCGAGUCUUCGGUCUGAAUCAAGCUGGAAUAGCCAGAGCUUGUUGCUUCAGAACAAAUUGGAGAACAAUAAGAAGAAGAAGAGCCACAUCAACAGCUCUAGCUGCAACAGUUACUUGCAGGAGAAGGAUGUUAGUAGCAACCAAAAGGUGAGUAGCAACAACAAGAAGAGCUUUCUCGUGAAUCUUGGCUGCAAAGGCGUUUGCUCUAACUGGAAUGCAGUGGAUGUUGCCGUCGUCAACGAGAAGAGAAGAGCCUCUGGUCUGAAGAAGAUCAAGACGCAGUUGAGUUUCUCUGGAGAUCUUACCUCGGAGAUGAAGCUUCAUAAGCAGCAACAACAACAAGCAAUGUUAGAGCAGAGGAAGUCUCUGGAGAUAUUUGGAUCUCCUCUUAUUGAGAAGAGAAUCAUUUCCAAGAACGUUCCAUGGGAAUACUCAACCUCUGCAAAGCAUGAGGAAGAAGUAGAAGAGGAAGAUGGGAGUGUGAGCGAUUUAAGUUCAGAUCUAUUUGAGAUUGAGAGUGUAACAGGGAAGACAAAACCAUAUCUUGCAAGGCAAGAAAGCAGCGAUGCAGAGUCACCGGAUUGUUAUGCGCCAAGUGAGGUAAGCAUAGCUUGGAGUGUAGUGACAGCUAGUGUUGCGGAUUACUCUGUUAUCUCUGAAUGUGCUACGAGUCCUGUCAAGAACCGGUCUUUCCAGAUCCCUCGAAUCCCUAUAACCGCCAAAUCAAACCGAGAAAACGAGCCUCAGAGACAGAAACCGAGAAGUGGUGGUGGUUUAUUGUUGGGCUGCAAGAGUCACAAAGCUGUCAGAGUGUCAGGUGAUUCUUACACAAACGUGAACAGAACACCGAGUUAUGUUCCAAGGUUCCCUCUAGAAGCUAAUCCAACAAGUAUCGAGACAAGGAGGAAAGUAAGCAGCAGUUCCGUUUCCCGCACGCAAUCUCCUUUUCUGUAUAUUUAAUGAUGCCCUAAAACCCUGAGCGCCUUUCUCUUUACAUGUAAUGUUCAUUGAGUGAAAAAGAUUUGUUUUACUAAUACUAUAUUCAAAUGUAUUAUCGUGUGAUCCUAGAACUCAUUUUUCAUCAAUCAGAAGACUGCAAAUCAAUAUUUUAGAACUCA